UUUGCCAGCUUGGGUUCCCUAGGCGUUGCUUCCUUGUCCGUCGCCCGCAGUUCAGAUUCUGGUACCUAGAAAUCGUAGCAGGAACUGCCUUCUUCUCUCGUUUUAAGCUUACUUGUCAUCUAUCAAUCACACGUCAUUUGUUGGUCCAUAUGACUCAUCGGAUUAAGAGUUAUUUCUAUAUUCGUCUCUAAAUUCCUGUCUUGGAGCUCGUCAUACUCUACCACUGUUCGGUUAUCAGGCAUAGCAUAUUCGGCUUCCGAGAUUCGCCAUGGAUUGGGAACUCGCGAAAGAGAACAUUGAGCCGCGAACCAAGAACUAUCAGGCAAAGGAGGCCUUACCUGUCAGCGCCACUGCCGGCAGCAACCUCGAGGAGGAGGACCAUGAGAGUGAAAGAAGGUCGCUCCUCGAGGAGAUAAGGAAACAUAAUGGCGACGACCCUCUUGCGCCGUGGCUCAGAUACAUAAAAUGGACGAUUUCUCGGUCAACAACCGGGAACAAGGCGGAGAUGUGCGACGCAUUAAAAAAAUGCACCAGGUCCUUCCUGAGACACGAGGCGUACAAGGACGACAUUCGGUAUCUAAGGAUCUGGAUUCAAUAUGCGGAUCUGUCCGGGGAACCUCUCCCGGUCUUCGCCUUUUUGAAGGAGAACGGCAUCGGGUUGAGCCACAGCCUGUUUUACGAAGGAUACGCUGCGGUGCUGGAGAGGAAGCAUGACUUCAAGCAGGCCAACGACGUGUACGGGCAAGGACUCAAGAGAGCGGCGGAGCCUCAGGAGAGGCUCAAGGCGCGGUACAGGGAGUUCCAGAACCGAAUGCACAAGCGGAUGCUGCGCAAGCAGAUGCAGAAGGAGAUGAAGGCCAGGUCCAUGAAUGGAAGCGAGGGAGCGAACCAGGCCAGCAGAAUCGGCAUCAUGGCAGGUGACGCCACAGGCGCAGGAGCCUCAAACCAAGGACCAGAACGGCCUGAAUUCCCUCGCGCCACAACCAGGGAAACGCUGGAGGUUCGUCGGGCGGAGAAUGGGAACGGCAGCGACAAUGGCGUCGACGUUAAGCGAGGCUCUCAGUCCUCUCAGUCCAUGGGUGUGGAGCCGUUGUCUCAGCCGGCGGUGGGUGCUGGACCACACAAGGAGAACAUUCCGUCUCUCGCCGAAUGGGAUGGCAGCCAGGUGGUUAAGAGGGCGAGGAGGGAUUCUGACUCGGGGUCUGAGAUCAGCAUAGACGUCUACGUGGAUGAGGAGCUGAAGAGCCCGUCAGCAGGAAGGAGGCUGCGGAGGGGAGUGGGGGGAGCUGGGUCAAGGAGAAGGGUGUUGCAGCCGCGCGUGGAGGGAGGGGAUCAACAGGCACCGGCAGAGGCCACGCAGGAGAGAGUCGAGGAUGGGUUGAAAGCCAGCGGGCAGGUCUCAGAAGCUCCCUCCCUGCAGUCACGCUAUGCUCCAAACGAUGCUCCAACAGUCUUAUGCGGCAACCAGGAGACGAGCUUUGAGGAGCAGCGCUAUCUCUGCUGGCUGCAGCACAGGGGCAUGCCCACACCACCAUGCAUGCAAAUCGCUCAGCAACCAGACCCAGCAGGCUCCGAGGCACCUGAUAAGCCGACGACUAAUCCACCAGAGCCCUCAGCGCACUCAGAUCCCACACAAGCAAACGGCUCGUCAGAAGAAGAUGGCUCGUCAGAAGAAGAUGGCUCGUCAGAAGAAGAUGGCUCGUCAGAAGCAGGGGGUGCAGCAGGAGGGAGUGCGGACUGUGAGGGUGGCGAGAGGGGCGCGAGCAAGAGGCGGAGGAGUAAGAGGGGGAGUGGGGGGGAGGAGGAGAGUGGGAAAAGCGGCGGGCUCAGUGAGCUGAGUGGGGGGCUGAGUGAGCUGGGUAUGGAGGAGGAGAGGGUGCAGGGGUUGAGGCAGAUGCUGGCGAGGCAGCGAGGAGACGCUGUGGCUGGUGCUGCUGGUGGGAAGGUGGAGGAGCAUUUCCUCAGCUUUGACUCCACAGUGCACGCACAGGAUGACCCCACCGUGGCCUACAAGUGCAUUCCCCAUCAUUCCAGGGUGGCCACCUUUGCAGCGGGCCCGCCACAGCAGGUCAAUCCGUGGAGCUCAUCACUGAGGGCGUCUCUGCUUGCCAGCCUUCAGCCCCCCUUGGCUGCUGAACCCGGCUACCACCGGCACUCGGAGCCACUCCACAUACCAGCCAGGCUAAAGGCACUCAGGGAAGGCAAAGCAGGGGAGGCCAUUGACCUGUGUGUUGGCAGCAGGAGCUACCAGGUGGAGAGGCUGCUGGGCAAGGGCACGUAUGCCAAGGUGUAUGGCGCCACAGAGACGCCUGUUGGGGCGGCAGACACAGCAGCAGACAGCACUGUCGUCUUCCGCAAUGUGGCCCUCAAGCUGCACUCCAAGCCGUGCCCCUGGGAGUUCUACAUCUACCGUCAGAUCCACGUGCGAAUCGACGGUCCACAGCGGCAACUGUUUGGCAUGGCAUCAGCCUUUCACGAGUUUCCCAAUGCCUCCAUCCUCACAUGCUCCCUCGGCAACAGCGGCACUCUGCAGGACGUGGUGAACGCGUUCAAGAAGCAGGGCCAGCCGGUGCCAGAGCCCCUGUGCGCCUUCUACACGGCGCAGAUGCUGCGAGCCGUAGACGCCCUGCAUGCUGCGCACAUCCUCCAUGGGGAUAUCAAGCCAGAUAACUUCCUCCUGCGAUUCGGGGCGGACAGUGAGAGUCCCAAGGAGAUGGUUGCUGGUAUUGAGGCCGGCGCACCUUCCACGGGCCUAACGCUGGUGGACUACGGACGGAGCAUUGACAUGCGCCACUUCCCCGAAGGUUCCUCCUUUGUCUCUGACGGUGGCACGGGGAAUUUCCGGUGCCCGGAGAUGCUGGAGGGUCGGCCGUGGACCACUCAGGCGGAUCUGUUUGCGGUGUGUGCCACGGCCUAUUGUCUGCUGCACGGGCAGUAUAUGGAGGUGGAGAGGGUGGAGGCAGGGGAGGGAUGCACUGGCAGUGGGAUGGCAGCGGAUGUGGAUGAUGCAGCUGAUGGCAUGGCUGCUUAUUAUCGCCCAAGGCUGCACCUCAAAAGGUACUGGAACCAUGACAUGUGGCAUGCUUUGUUCCACACAUACCUCAAUGUGCCUCCCGGGGAGCCUGCCCCUCCUCCAGCUCCCAUCCGCCGACUGUUUGAGCGGUACUCGGCUGACCAUGCAAACGACAUCUCUGUGCUGCUGCGUCGCCUCCGCAACCUAUUAUAGGCUAGGCAUAAGCAGAACCUCGAAGUCCUGCCCUGUGGAAACUAACUAGCACAAUUACCAGCUGUUCUUGCCAUGGUGCAGUCUGGUUGUAAUAGUUGACAAUGCAAUGGAUUUAGGUGAAGUGUUGGUGUAUGGAGUCGUGGUAGAACCUAGCUGUAAUCGUUGACAAACAUAGGAUAUGAUAUUAUGAUGUACGUUACAAUAACCUCUAAACCCCUUU